UACUAAUAAAAAUCAGUCUCUGAGUCGUAAAUUACAGAAGCCACCUGACUCUGUGGCGUACCACUUUCAUUUUCCUCUCUUCUCUGCUAAAUUUCAAAACGCAAUCUUUCCUUUUUCUUUUUCUAAUUGACCUCUUUCAGAUCCCUAAUACCCUCCCAGGAAACCACCCGAUCCAAUGUCACUUUGAAUCACGUGCCCCCAUCAUCUCCGAUUUCUUUUUCGCUUUUCAAUUCGGUUAUUAUUUCUGUUGUGCCAAACAAUAACAUGUCAUAGUAGUUUCUCAAAACCCAAAUUUUCAAUUCAUUUUUUUUAGCUUCUCCUUGUUCAAAUAAACAGAAAAAGAGGGGCUGGUGAAUGGGAAUGGGUUCAAAAAUGGAAGGACCGUCUACUCCUGCAAUUCGACGUGACCCCUAUGAGGUUUUGUCCGUUUCUAAGGAAUCAACCGACCAGGAAAUUAAAACCGCUUACAGAAAGCUUGCUCUCAAGUAUCACCCUGACAAGAAUGCUAGCAAUCCUGAAGCUUCGGAACUAUUCAAAGAGGUUGCAUAUUCUUAUAGUAUCUUAUCCGACCCAGAGAAGAGAAGGCAGUAUGACAGUGCAGGAUUUGAGGCUCUUGAUGCUGAUAGUAUGGACAUGGAAAUCGAUUUAUCUAAUCUUGGGACUGUGAACACUAUGUUUGCAGCUUUAUUCAGCAAGCUGGGUGUCCCUAUCAAGACUACCAUCUCAGCCAAUGUUCUUGAAGAAGCUUUGAAUGGCACAGUUACAGUCAGACCCCUUCCAAUUGGAACAUCAGUUAGUGGAAAGGUAGAGAAGCAAUGUGCUCAUUUUUUUGGUGUGACAAUAAAUGAGCAGCAAGCUGAGUCAGGGAUUGUAGUAAGAGUUACUUCAACUGCACAAAGCAAAUUCAAGUUGCUCUAUUUCGAACAAGAUGCAAAUGGUGGCUAUGGUUUGGCAUUGCAGGAAGAUAGUGAGAAGGCUGGCAAGGUGACAUCUGCAGGAAUGUACUUCUUACAUUUUCAAGUGUACAGAAUGGAUUCAACUGUGAAUGCGUUAGCAAUGGCUAAGGAUCCUGAAGGGGCUUUCUUUAAAAGGUUGGAAGGUCUUCAACCUUGUGAAGUCUCAGAACUAAAGCCUGGCACACAUAUAUUUGCUGUUUAUGGUGAUAACUUCUUCAAGACUGCUAGCUAUACAAUUGAAGCAGUUUGUGCGAAAUCACAUGAAGAUACCACCCAAAAACUUAAAGACAUUGAGGCUCAAAUUUUAAGAAAGAGGAAUGAGCUACGUCAAUUUGAAUCAGAAUAUAGAAAGGCAUUGGCACGCUAUCAGGAAGUGACAGAAAGAUACACAAAAGAAAAACAGUCUGUAGAUGAGCUUCUGAAACAAAGGGACGGUAUCCAUUCUACCUUCACCAUUGUCAAGCCAACCAACUUUAGUGGAAGUGGUAGUAAUUUAAGCAAUGGAAGUUCUAGCAAAAUUUCUGGUGAAGAUUCCAAAGGUGAUAGCCCUGGCGAAGAUGGAGGGUCAGAUGGCAAGGAUAAAUCAGGCAAAAAGAAAUGGUUCAACCUUAAUCUUAAGGGUUCUGAUAAGAGGUUGAUUUAAAAUACACUUCGUUUGCUUAUCUCUUGGAAUGAUAUGCGUGAGUGACUGUCAUUCAUGGCAUCAAACUUAUAGCAGCCCACAAAUAUAUUGGUAGUAGUGUAUGUCUGGAAUUUUUUCAUUUGCUUGGGUCUACAAAGUUGUAAACUGGUUGGUUAAUCUGUUUAUUGGUUUGUGAUGCAGUCAAAGGUAUACAGAGUAGCCUCUCUUUCUGUUUCCCAUAUUUUUGUUGUCCAAUGAGACUCAGAUUUUUCGAUUUCCUUGUAGCAUCACGAACAUAAAUACUUUUGAUACUGUAAUGAUAUGUUCAUUCUUGUAACUGCCGUUUUAUACGUUCU